AACAGGCAAACACCUCUCCUUCAAGUUAGCACCGACCCAAACAAGCAGGAAACAGGAAAUGUUCAGGUUUCAGGGAGGCUGAAGCCCAGCGCAGCAUCAUGACGGGGCGGCAGCGAGCGGACAGGAAGGCUCCCGGGGCUGCCCUCGCCUUUGCCCUGGCGAUCGCGCUCCUUCGCACCGGCCAGGCUCAGGAAAACACCACGAGAGGCCUGGAGACAGCAGAUGAAAACCCAGGGGUCCAUUCCAAUUUUUUUGAAGAAACAGAACAGUCAGCAGAUAUGUCCCUGGAAGAGGAAAGAAGACAUGAAGAUUUUAAUAUACAAAAUACAUUUGAUACAGUGACCACAGGAGCACUCACUGCAAAUUCAAGUUUCAGCGACUUUGACGAGGAUGAGAAUCAGUUAGAGUUUGUAUUAAUGGUGUUGAUUCCACUGGUUUUAUUUGCCCUCCUAUUUUUAUCAGUGAUAAUCCUUAUAAUACGCUAUAAAAGAAAAAAAGCCAAAGAAGAAACUUCUAGCCGAGGAUCUCAGAGUGCCUUACAGACAUGUGAACUGGGAAGUGAAAACAUCAAAGUCCCCAUUUUUGAGGAGGACACACCCUCUGUUAUGGAAAUCGAGAUGGAAGAGCUUGACAAGUGGAUGAACAGCAUGAAUAAAAAUGCUGACUGUGAAUGUUUACCUACUUUAAAGGAAGAGAAGGAAUCAAAUCACAACCCAAGUGACAAUGAAUCCUGAAACUGAAUGGUGCUAAUGUUUUCCAAGAGAAGCGGCCCCGGAGGGAGCUUGCUAGCCUGCCAACAGAGGA